AGAGAUGGAGCUGCCCAGGAGAAUUGUGUCAAACAAACCUCUGUGCUUCCUCCCCUCGGUCAGGGGGAGUCCACACUCCAUCACCCCAAGCCUGCUGCUCGUUGUGGCCCGUAACCUGUCCGGUUGUCCAGUUGUCCAGCUGUCCUUCGUGUCCACCACCAAGCUAACGAGCCAGCGCGCCAACCACCUUCCACCAAGAUGCCCGACAAACGUCCCCUGGAUCCUAACCAGCCGGUGCUCUACAUCGAGCAUUGUCGUUACCGCCAGAACUAUAGGCGCAUGGCCCUCCAUCUCCACUCCACGUUGGCGGAAGCCUUGAGGGCCAUCCACCCGGGAGUGAAGCUCCAGCUGAGGAUCAAUGACACAGGGAUGCCAGAAGUCGGAUCCUUCGAGGUUGCGAUCGCGGCCAACCCCACUGAUGACGCAAAGUCUAGGCAAAGGGUCUGGACGGGCUUAAGAAGGAUGCCCAGCGCCUCCAAGAUUCCCCACGUCGACGACAUCUUCACUCCCAUUUGUCAUGCCCUAAAGCUGUCUGAUCCCCACAAGGAGUCACAUAGGCGAGUGCUCACCAAUCUCCGGCACAACGAAGGCAGCCGGGCGAGGAGACAACCCCAAUAAAUUAAUUCGUGUAGUUUUAUGAAACUUA